GCCGCGUAUCCAAUGGUUGUCAGUUCCGACUGUACAGCUCCCUCACUUUAAAGCUCUCGACUACCUAGGUAUGCUCCUCCAUCGCAGGUUCAACUGAGGCGAUGAGCUCAAUGCCUGCCCCCUCGUCUCCGCUCCGCUCCCCCUCUCUCUUGUCCGAGCGUCGCCUUUGGCGGACUUUCUCCGGUUUAUCGACCUCCUCACAACAACGCGCGAACGCCGCCGAUGGCCAGGGUCCGGUGAUCACGGAAGAGAUCAGCGAGAUCAAGCGCUACGAAGAUUUUACGACUAUCGAUUGGGUACAGGAUGCGGUACACGAACAAGCGCGACGGCCAAUAAAGCGACAAGAAGGUUCCGGGUUUUGGGACAAGGAAGGCACAUUUAAAUGGAGGCAUAAAGUGCGGGAAUCCUAUGACGCUGGGCAAGCCUGGCUAGUCAUCACACUUGUCGGAGCAGCUAUCGGGCUGAUAUCAGCUGUUUUGAAUAUCAUUACUGAAUGGUUGUCGGACAUAAAGCUGGGGUACUGUACGACUGCGUUUUAUCUCAAUGAGCAGUUCUGCUGCUGGGGUGCCGAGGGAGGAUGCCCUGAGUGGAGAAGCUGGACUUCAUACUGGGUUAUAAACUACGUCGUGUAUACUCUUUACGCGGUCCUGUUUGCUUUUAUCGCAGCGAAACUCGUCAAAACAUUUGCGCCAUAUGCCGCCGGAUCGGGCAUAUCCGAGAUAAAAUGCAUCAUUGCUGGUUUUGUUAUGAAGGGCUUCCUGGGAGGAUGGACACUCUUGAUCAAGUCAAUAGCGCUACCACUCGCCAUCGCCUCGGGCUUGUCCGUAGGUAAAGAGGGGCCGAGUGUACAUUUCGCCGUCUGUGCCGGCAAUGUUAUCUCGCGGUUUUUCACGAAGUACAAGCGGAGCGCAUCCAAGACAAGAGAGGUCUUGACAGCUACAGCGGCAGCAGGCGUGGCGGUCGCCUUCGGAAGUCCGAUCGGUGGUGUUUUGUUCUCUCUUGAGGAAAUGGCGUCUUACUUCCCAUUGAAGACUUUAUGGCGAAGCUAUUUUUGUGCUCUGGUUGCGACUGGAGUGUUGUCUGUGAUGAAUCCCUUUAGGACUGGACAGCUGGUAAUGUUCCAGGUGCGGUACGACCGCUCGUGGCACUUUUUCGAACUGAUAUUUUUCAUUAUUCUUGGCAUUUUUGGUGGAUUGUACGGCGCGCUGGUGAUCAAGUGGAAUUUGCGCGUCCAAGCAUUUAGGAAGAAGUAUCUCUCGCAACAUGCUGUGGUCGAAUCUGUCAUACUCGCCGUGAUCACGGCAGUGAUAUGUUUCCCAAACAUGUUCUUGAGGAUCAACAUGACUGAGAUGAUGGAGAUUUUGUUUCAGGAAUGUGAAGGAGACAUCGACUAUAAAGGACUUUGCGAAGCCAAAUAUCGGUGGUCGAUGGUAUUCUCACUUGCCACCGCUACAAUCCUACGGGUCUUCUUGGUUAUAAUCUCGUAUGGCUGCAAAGUGCCAGCUGGCAUCUUCGUCCCGUCCAUGGCCAUUGGAGCGUCUUUCGGGCGAAUGGUUGGAAUCAUGGUUCAAGCUCUACACGAGUCGUUUCCGGACUCGAAGUUUUUCGCAGCUUGCGAACCAGAUGUUCCAUGUAUCACGCCAGGUACAUAUGCAUUCCUAGGAGCUGGCGCAGCUCUGAGUGGGAUUAUGCACUUGACCAUCUCGGUGACCGUCAUCAUGUUCGAACUGACUGGAGCACUGACGUAUAUCCUUCCCACCAUGAUCGUUGUCGGCGUCACUAAAGCUGUCGGAGACCGAUUUGGAAAUGGUGGUAUAGCUGAUCGCAUGAUUUGGGCCAACGGAUUUCCGUUCCUAGAUAAUAAGGAAGACCAUGUCUUCAAUGUCCCCGUGUCACACGCCAUGACAAGUGACCCAGUGUCCCUUCCAGCAUCAGACUUCCCAGUUCGCGAAGCAGAGCACCUCUUGAGUGAUAACAAAUUUCAAGGUUUCCCAAUCGUGGAAGACCGUUCGAGCAAGAUCUUGGUCGGGUACAUUGGCCGCACAGAACUGCGUUACGCCAUUGACCGGGCUAGGAUGGAAGGAAUGCUGUCACCAAGCGCGCAAUGUGUGUUCACAAAGGAAGCAGCGGAAGCUUUGGUAGCCCGCCGGGCAUCUUCCACAUUUUCCCGUGGCCAUCUAGUCCCCGAUACAUUCGAUAACAUUCAGAGUAGUGCCGGGGCCGCCUCUGUCGACUUUAGCAGAUACGUCGACCAUACACCGUUAACUGUCCAUCCCCGCUUGCCGCUCGAAACCGUCAUGGAGAUCUUCAAGAAGAUGGGUCCGCGUGUGAUUUUGGUCGAGCACCGCGGCCGACUCACAGGCCUCGUCACAGUGAAGGACUGCCUCAAAUACCAAUUCAAGGUCGAAGCCGAGGAGCAAGCUUUGGCCGCGACUCACCAGCCGGAGCUCCCGUUAGGAGCCUAUCAGAACAUGAAGGAUAACGACACGCUCGAGGAACGGAUCUGGAACUUCAUGCAAAAUAUUGGGUCCAAGUUCUCCAAGAUUUCAGGACGGCCGCGAGAUGUCAGGCCCAUCCCAACAGAGGACCGCUCGCCGUCGGGCAUAUUACCCGGUGCGGAAGAUGACGAGGACGACGGCAUGGUCGAGCUAGAGGAGAGACAGUGA